GUUUAAUUGAAACUCCGGAAAGUUCCAUUAUGUGAUGAAUGUCAUAAUAGAUUAUCUAGAAAUUGACAAGCAAACAAUUGAGUUCUAAUUAUGUUGGUCAAUAUAGGUCAAAACGAUAUAAAUAUGAACUACAGGAAGUGAGGUUGAAUAAUGUGUGGCCAUGGCUUUUCCUGUAAACAGACGGGGUUAGGCUUACUCUCGGAUUUAUGUAAUUAUAACUUGUCAAUUUUUUUUUAAUUUGUAGGUUUAGAUGUUUUUGAAUUAGCCUAAAAUGAAAAAAAAAGCCUAUUCAGUAAUUCCAUAAGACUACCAACCUAAAUACCACUUACAAAUUUUCGACUACUAACAGCCACGAAUCGUGACGCGUUAAUGACGCGUUCCUACACCCCCUCCCUCCCCCAAAGCAGGAUUACACAACCAAGUAUUAAUAUUAUAUUAGGAAUAAUAUGAAGCCAAAUAUCCUUAUCAACAUUCUCUCUCAACAUAAAUUCCACCAACAACCUUUGCUAAUCACCCACGACAGUUUCCGUUUUACCAACAGAGCCUGCUUUCAGCAGCUCCAUAUAUUGUGACUCGUUAAUGACGAGUUCCUGGUACACCCAUCCCUCUCCCAAAGCAAAACAGGCAUACUGUACAAUGUUUAAUAUUAAGAAUAACAUGGAAGCCAACAUGCUGUUAUUGAUAUUUCAUGCCUGACUGUAUCUGUGAGCUAUUACGACCUCGACACGCACGUAUGUCCACAUUAAAGUUUUGGCAACAGUGCAUGUGUGCAGUACCGUAAUUCCGCGAACACAAUAUGCCCAGCAAGUUUAAUUUUCGAGUGUAGUGAAACGUCAUUCAAGUCGAUAGUAGGCCUAGGCUAUCUGUUAAUACGCCUGCAAGACUGCUUCAGUGAUUCAAACACGACCAGGCGCUUAAUUAAAAUACUAAAAGAUGCAACAGACAAAAAAGAAACGAAGGACACGGCUGGGUACCUACCCUGUAUCAGAUUAUGACCUCAUUGACGGCAAUACGAACGGUGACGCCGUAGAAAUUCGCCGUAUUUCAUUUUCUGUUGAUGUUCGCCUUCAGUCUGCCGUUCAAGAGAAAGACAAUUAUGAAUUAUGUUGCUUGUUAUCGACAUACCGAGCUUCACUGAACAUUAAUACGUCGAAUCACGUCGGCAUGACUGUUCUUCAUCAAGCAGUCUUAAAUAACAAUCUCGAUUCCGUCAAGUUACUUCUAUCACACGGUGCCGACCCAGACAUCUCCGACAUUAACGGCUUUUCGUCUCUCCACACCGCGUCUGCGUGUGGCUACAGGAAUAUUGCGUCAUUAUUAAUUAUUAACGGUGGAAAUUUAUUUCAAAGAACACUAGAAGGCGAUUAUCCGGUAACGUUGGCAAAUGACGGCGUUACGGCGGAUUUGUUGGCGACGGAAAUGUCUUCUCAACUUCAAAAUCGCAUAUUGCUUGAAAACUAUGGUUUUUUAUAUAAAUGUAUUGAUUUAUAUCAUUAUAUCAAGACGAAUACCGCAUACUGUUUGAAGUUACUUUUACAAUGGGUAACACAGAUUCGGGAUUUUAUUGCAUCAACUACGGAUAAAAUUGAAAAUGAACAAGGGAAUAGAAAGACAACAGGGUUGAUAAAACGGGUUACGUUCUCGAACGAAAUUACACCUCCUUCAAUACAAGAAAAGAUAAAUCCACGUUUAGAUAAAUCUAGGCCUAUGUCGAUUACCACUGUGACGGAAUGAAUGCAUCUUUUGUAGAUAUCGUUACGUGAAUAGAGCAUUAUCGUGCGUCAUUGACUUCUACAGGCUUAGGCCUAAUUUGAGUUAUGGCGGGCAACUCGUAGUCGAUGCUAACAGUGAUAACUGCUCCGCAUGCAGACGACUCAGCUUCCCUGUUACCGCAACAUGGUUAAAAUGCACUUUACCAUGCAUGUUACGGAUGCCGAGAACUUGUUGAGAUAGGGUUUGGCUACCGCUACGGAAUUACCGUUGUACUGAUCAAUUCAAGCCGUUUUAAGAGAUUUUGUAUACGGUAUUUAUUAUUUUUAUGAAUAGUGUUCAAUUUAAAAGUGAGUUAUAACAAGAGAUAUAAAAAUAAAUACCUCCUUUGUUAUAACAAACAACAAGCCUUGUGCCUAAUAAUAAAUUAAUUAUUUUACAUGCUAAUGCAAAAGUGCUUAACAGGU